CUCUGCCAUGAAGCCAAGCUCUUCGAUGCCGAUGAUGAUGAUGAUGAUGAAGAACUUGGCUGCCUAGAAGAUCCUAGUCCCUACAACGCCAAGGGAGAUGCUUUGAUCGGCAUGAUGCAUCGGCUUCCUUAUGGGUUUGACGAGGUUGUGGUUGGCGGUGUUUCGGAGUCGGAGGCAUCUGGAAAGUGUGUUGUGGGGAAGGGUGGCCCUAGGGAUGUGGCCGUUGCUAGGGACAAGGUGGUGACUGGAGGUGAUGUUGUGGAUGCAGACAAGGGCGAGGGGGCGGACUACCUGGAUGGGAACCAAAGCACUUAGGUUUUUGAGUUUUAUCAAAAUCAAUUACAGAUUUUGUAGAUUUGGGAGAGGGGCGAAACACCUAGGUCUACCUGGGGAGGGAAGCUCAGGAUUAAGGAGAAAAAAUUGGGAAUUUGUGGAGAGAAGUGAAAAUUUCUACUGUCGACUGAAUGGGUCUUUGAGUUUUAUCAAAAUCAAAUACAAAUUGUGGAGAUUU